AGUAAUUUCCGGAAGAAAAAAAAUGUUUUCUUAGUGAUUAAGCAGAGGUUGUGACUUGGAAAAAGGAAUAUACUAUGAUUUUGUUAGACGUUUGAUUUCCCACCUCCACAAACAAAGUAGUAUUAUAAAUAAGCGUUAUUCUGUUUUUGUGUCAUCAUUUCUCACUCACUUUACUCAUUCACCACUAGCAUAGAGCAACAUGGCAGAUUCUUCUGUUCACCACCACGAUGUUCACUCUCUUCUCUCUUCUCCUCAAAGAGACUUUCUUCUCCGGAACAACACCGAUCAGGUUAAAAUUGACAGCUUGAAGGGAAAGAAACUUGGUUUCUAUUUUUCAGCAUCAUGGUGUGGUCCGUGUCGAAGAUUCACGCCAACGUUGGCGGAGGUGUACAAUGACCUCUCUCCAAAUGGUGACUUUGAGGUUGUUUUUGUCUCAGCUGAUAAAGAUGAUGAGGCCUUCAAUAGCUACUUUUCAAAAAUGCCGUGGCUAGCUAUACCCUUUUCUGAUACAGAGACGCGAAAACGCCUUAAUGAGUUGUUUCAUGUACACGGCAUUCCUCAUCUUGCAUUGCUUGAUGAAACUGGGAAUGUUGUUGCUGAAGACGGAGUUCGCAUUAUCCGUGAUUAUGGAGCUGAAGGAUACCCUUUCACAUUAAAAAGGGUUCAAGAGUUGAAAGAUCAAGAAGAGGAAGCUAAGAGGAACCAAUCUUUGAGAUCUUUAUUGGUAUCUCGUUCACGUGACUUCGUGAUAUCAUCCGAUGGAAAUAAAAUACCUAUCUCUGAGCUUGAGGGAAAGACAGUUGGUCUGUAUUUCUUUGCGUCUUCAUACAGAUCAUGCGCGCUAUUUACUCAACAACUUAAGGAGGUUUAUCAGAAGCUGAAGACAAAGGGGGAGAACUUUGAGGUUGUGUUUAUACCCUUAGAUGAUGACGAAGAGUCAUUCAAGGAAGAAUUAGAAACUGUGCCCUGGUUAUCUUUUCCUCUAAAGGACAAAACCUGCCCUAAGCUAAUUCAGUACUUUGAGCUAUCAAAAAUCCCCACUUUGGUUAUUAUUGGGCCAGAUGGGAAAACUCUUCAUCAUGAUGUUUCUGAGGCCAUUGAGGAACAUGGGGUCGAUGCAUAUCCAUUCACUCCUGAAAAGUUUGUUGAACUCGAUGAAAUAGCAAAGGCCAAGGAGGCAACUCAAACUCUUGAGUCAGUUUUGGUGUCUGGGGAUCAAGAUUUUGUUAUUAAGAAUGAUGGGGAGAAGAUUCCGUUGUCAAAAUUAACGGGGAAGACUGUCCUCCUCUACUUCUCAGCCCACUGGUGUCCUCCAUGCCGUGCAUUUCUUCCAAAACUCACUGAUGCAUACCAUAAAAUUAAGGCACAAGAUAAUGAUGCGCUCGAAGUUGUGUUCAUCUCAAGUGACAGGGAUCAAAACUCCUUUGAUGAAUUCUUUGCGGAAAUGCCAUGGCUGGCACUUCCCUUUGGUGAUUCAAGGAAGGAAUUCUUGAGUCGCAAAUUCAAGGUAUCUGGCAUCCCCAUGCUUAUGGCAAUCGGUCCAAGUGGUCGGACUGUCACGAAAGAAGCUCGAGAUCUGAUUGGCCUUUAUGGAGCAGAUGCUUAUCCUUUCACCGAGGAGAGAAUAAAAGAAAUAGAGGCAAAAAAUGAUGAAAUAGCAAAGGGGUGGCCCGAGAAGGUGACGCACGAAACACAUGAGCAUGAGCUUGUAUUAUCGCGACGCAAGAAUUACUAUUGCGAUGAUUGCAAUGAAGAGGGACAUAAUUGGUCGUACUUUUGUGAAGAGUGUGACUUUGAUCUCCAUCCAAAUUGUGCAUUGGGAGACAAAGGAAGCAAAGAUGGUGUCAAGGAAGAAGAGAAGCCCAAAGAUGGAUGGGUUUGUGAUGGAGUUGUAUGCACCAAAGCCUAAAAUUUGCUUGUUAUAUUUUGGUGAUUAUAUAUAUAUUUAUAGUCAUCUGCAUUUGAUGAUAGUUCUAAUAUGUAUUUGAGUUGUAUAAAAUAAUUUGAAUCGGAAGUGAAACAAAUAAAUUGAUACCUUUUGAAUAGCUA